AAUUUAUCAAAUAUGGGGCUUGAAGCAGUCAUGCUUUGAAUUGACAAUUCAGAGUGGACAAGAAAUGGAGACUACAAACCAUCCAGAUUUGAAGGACAGCAGGAUGCAGCCAAUCUGAUCUGUGAUGCUAAAACUCAACAGAACCCAGAAAGCACACUAGGUAUGAUGUCCAUGGCAGGAAAGAGACCUGAGAUUUUCUUAACGCAGACAAAUGAUGUUGGGAGACUUCUUUCCACUAUCUCAAAAAUGCCUAUUCAUGGAUACAUAGAUUUACCAAGGGCAGUCAAAAUUGCUCAAUUAUCCCUCAAGCAUAGACAAAACAAGAACCAGAAACAAAGAAUUAUAGUCUUCAUUGGAUCACCAAUAGAAGGAUUUGAAGAUAAUGACUUCAAGAAACUUGGCAAGCAACUAAGAAAGAAUGAUGUUGCUAUUGAUGUAGUAAAUUUUGGUCAUCCUGAAAAUAUCCCUCUCUUGACGACCUUAGUAGAGAAUACGAAUAAAAAUGGGAAUUCACAUAUUACAGAAAUUAACUAUGGUGCAAAUAUUGCUGAUACAAUCAUCACAUCUCCUCUGGUAGCAUACGAUAUGGGUGGAGACAUUCCUCCUUCUGCUGAAGGAGGUGACCAACCCGCAACAGGAGCCAGUGCUGGAGGCCAGUUCGCUGAAUAUGGAGGAAUCGAUCCCAAUAUAGACCCUGAACUAGCUAUGGCUAUUCGGAUUUCAUUAGAAGAAGAGAAAAAUAAAAAUAGUCAAGCACCCAGUGAAAAUAAAGAAGGAGAUUCUAAACCUGAAGAUAAGCCAGCAGAUGCUCCAAUGGAAGCCAAAGAAGACACCCCAGCUGAACCAAUUAUGGAGGAACAAGAUAUGGAAGAAGAUGAGGAUUAUGAAGCAGCUCUUGAAGAAGCUAAGCUACUCUCUAUGCAAGGUGGAGGUGAAACAGCUGAACAACCAGCCAAAGAGGCUGAAAAUAAGCCAGAAGAAGAUCUUGAAGGAGUAAUUAAUGAAGAGUUUUUAGGUGAACUUAUGCAAGAUCUUGGUGUUCCCAUGACUGACGAUGCCAUUAAAGGCUGUCUAGAAGAAGAUAAUAAAAAAGAUGACAAAAAGAAAGAUGAAGACAAAAAAGAGGAUAAAUAAAUUAUCUG